AGAACAAAGAACACAGAACCGAACCACGGAUAGAACGCAAUCGCAAUUAGUGCUGCUGCUGCUGCUACUGAUACUUUGUUGCCCAGUUCGGUGGCGACUCCCUGGCUAGCGCAACCGAAACAGAAACCGCAGCCGAACGCCAGUGCGCAUUCCCUCUUCCGGUAUUCGGGUAAUCCGGUAUCGAUCAAACAAGGGGCACCCCGUACACAUGUGAGUGGCGUGGCAACGUCAACGUGUGCCGCCGUCAGACCCACAGCGGAACCGCCACUCAGUCAGAACCGUCAGGCAGUCGGCAGUCGAGCGAGAGGAGGGAGCGGAGGAGCGUCUGCUACACGGGGAUUAGCACCAUCUCAGAUAGAAAUCUACGCGCACGCGACUUGCCGCGACAUUCGAGUGGCAUCGAAGAAAAGUGAAAGCCAAAGGAAAGCCAAGGAACCCCAUCUUCAGGUCACUCGAGGUGGAAGGGCGAACUGGAGACAGGAGCAGAAGCAGCAGCAACAGCAGGACCGCAGCAAGUGCAUGGGUUGAGGAGAGAGAGGCGCAGGAAUGGGCGAUUCAGACAGCGAGGACAGCGAUGGAGAGGGCGGCCUGGGCAAUGUGUCUCGCGUGAUUAUCCGUCCACCGGGGCAGAGCGGCAAGGCGAAGCGGGGCCAUCUGUGCUUCGAUGCGGCCUUCGAGACGGGGAAUCUGGGCAAGGCCGAGCUGGUGGGGGAGUUCGAGUACGAUCUGUUCCUGCGGCCGGACACGUGCAAUCCGCGCUUCCGCUUCUGGUUCAACUUCACGGUGGACAACGUCAAGCAGGACCAGCGGGUCCUCUUCAACAUCGUGAACCUCAGCAAGAGCCGCAAUCUGUUCGCCUCCGGCCUCACGCCACUCGUCAAGAGCUCCAGUCGGCCCAAGUGGCAGCGGAUGUCCAAGCGGCAGGUGUUCUUCUACCGCUCAGCCAUGCACCAGGGCCACUACGUCCUCAGCUUUGCCUUCAUCUUCGAGAAGGAGGAGGACGUCUACCAGUUCGCUCUGGCCUGGCCCUACAGCUACUCCCGCCUCCAGUCCUAUUUGAAUGUGAUCGAUGCACGGCAGGGCACAGACAAGCGCUUCACGCGAUGCGUCCUCAUCAAGUCUCUGCAAAACAGAAAUGUGGAUCUGCUGACCAUCGAUCAGGUGACGCAUAAGCAGCGCUCCACCAAUCGCUUGGAUCGCAGCUUCAUUCGUGUCAUCGUGAUCGUCUGUCGGACGCACUCCAGCGAGGCCCCCGCCUCCCACGUCUGCCAGGGCCUCAUCGAGUUCCUCGUGGGCAACCAUCCGAUAGCGGCGGUCCUGCGCGAGAACUUUGUGUUCAAGAUCGUGCCGAUGGCCAAUCCGGAUGGCGUGUUCCUGGGCAACAACCGCUGCAAUCUGAUGGGCCAGGACAUGAACCGCAACUGGCAUCUGGCCUCGGAGUUCACGCAGCCAGAGCUGCACGCCAUCAGGGGGAUGCUGAAGGAGCUGGAUAAUUCGGAUACAUAUCAGAUUGAUUUCGUGAUCGAUCUGCAUGCCAACAGCAGCAUGCACGGCUGCUUCGUGUACGGGAACACGUACGAGGAUGUCUACCGCUACGAGCGGCACCUGGUCUUCCCGCGACUCUUCGCCAGCAAUGCCCCCGACUAUGUGGCCGAGCACACGAUGUUCAAUGCCGACGACCGGAAGGCGGGCAGCCUCAGGAGAUUCAGCUGCGAGCGCCUCAGCGACACUGUAAACGCCUACACCCUGGAGGUGUCCAUGGCGGGUCAUUUUCUGCGCGACGGCAAGACGGUGGCUCUCUACAACGAGGAUGGAUACUACCGCGUGGGUAGGAAUCUCGCCCGCACCCUGCUCCAGUACUACCGCUUUAUCAACAUCCUGCCCGUGCCCCUCGUGCCGGAGGUGCGGGGCAAACGAAGGGGCCGCCAGCGCAACCAGCACUCCCGCUCACGUUCCAAGACGCGCUACGAGGUCAAGCCCCGACCCAAGACCCCGCGCUGUCACGCCCCCAUCUCGUACAACAACCUGAGCAUCUGCUACGAUUCCGGAGGAGGUGGAGGAGGAUCCUCCGACGAAGGAGGCUUCUCCCCCGUCCGACCACUGGCGCCCGGAAGCAGCAGCUUCAGCGGCUGCCGCAACUACCGGAGGGCGGCUACUGCCACUUGCCCUGCGGCCCACGAUCAGUAUUCCUCUUUUUCCUUGGGUGCACUCAAAACAGGAAGUGAUCAUGGAGGAGCCGUUGGCCAGGGCAAGAGAUCGGCGAGGGUGACAAUCGAGGUGCCGCUGCCUGUCAACUUACCCCCCAAGCCCUACCUCUCCAUCAUCGACCUCAAUCAGCUGACGAGGGGCAGCCUGAAGCUCAAAUCGAACAGUUUCGAUGCAGCCGACAGGCGAUAGAAAGAGAGUGAGUGAGUGUGAGAGAGAGAGAGAGAGAGAGAGUAAGUGGAUAACCGUAAUUUUUCCUUUUGUACGCUUUCCGCUUCGUUUUUUCUAAAUAAACAGUUAAUGUCUCCGAAAAUUGAGCAACAAGUCAGGUGGGUCGGCGAAUGAGUGGGAAUGCCAUUUGCUGGGCUUAUCCGCUUAUCUCUGUGCUGUUGCGCACCAUUUGGCCCCCUGCCAGGAGGCGAUUCGUCGGGAGGGGAAUGGCUCGACUCAUUGCAUUGCGAGAUAGCACUCAUCACUCGUAUCAAGUCGAAUCAUGUCUAGGUGGGUGUCUAUUGCAUAUUAAAAGCGCCGUUAGAUGUGACUACGAACAAAUAAACAAAGAGCAGCCACUAUGCAAACACACGAACACACACACACACAGUGUGAGAAAUGAGUGGCAAGUGAGUCGAGUGUGUGCGACGCGACCUUCUACUCAACAACAGCACGUGAGUGCAGAGUGCGAGUGUAAUAUCAAUUAGCUGGAUGUCUGUCCCACUUUUAUCUUAUCUUAUACACACACAUAAAUAUAGCAAAUUAUAGCAAUGCAGUCAGCGGCAGGCAUCAGCUGUACCACCCAUUACCUGGGAAAGGAUCGGGGGCAGGCGACAGAAAUCUCACUCAGCCACACUCGACUCGGAAAACACGCGCGAAAACCGCUGAUAAGAGUGUGGCGAGCGUGCCAGCAGCAAGGCGGAAUGUGAGUGGAUCAGCAGGCAGGCAGCAACCGAAAGACCGAACCGAGUGUAAGGGCUUCCGACCUGAUUAACGCUUUCAAUUAACAUGAAAUCAAUAAAAAAAAGACAGACCGGACUCUUCUUUCUCGGUUCCUCUUUUGUAUAAAUAAAA